AUGGAUAAAUGUUUUGUUGCCUGCGGCUGUGAUGAUCAAGAAGGAGUAACAAAAGGUGAUUUAGAUCGUUUUACCGAUAAAAUUGAAAAUGUCUUGAAUGAUGAAAAAGGGAGGCGACUUUUUAGAAAUUUUAUGUUUACUACAAAGAUGAAAGACGGCCGAAGAACUUUAGAUUUUUUAGAACAUAUUGAACGAUUACUCAGUUAUUCAGAAGAUGCUGAAAGUGUGUCCUACCGUAGUUACCUCAGAGAUUAUGAUCGUUUAAUGGAUGAAGCAGAGCGGAUAGAAGAGUUGGAUUUUGCUACAAUGGAACGACUAGCUAUUGCUCGUGAUUCUGAAAACAAGGAAGACAUGAUAGAUGUACUGAAAUUGGUGAAAGUUGAAGCUAUUAAAGCACUGCGAAGAGAAUAUAAUGCUUUUAGAAGACACUUUAUCCCAUCUAAAUAG